AUGGCCCAAACUUUGUUUGUAGAAAAUGGUGACUCCGAUAUAGAAGGCCUUCAAUUAGAAUUGUCUAUGCAGGAUGAAGAUUUGACAAGAAAUACUAUUAGUAACUUGCAAUCUGAUAAAAUCAAUGAUAUAACAACAAACACUAUUAAGAUUAAGGAAGGAUCAAAUAAUUUAACUGGAGAUCAAAAUGUUAAUUCUAAUAUGGCUGAUAAAGAAACAAACAAUGAAACAAUAUCAAUAAGCCAAGAAAAUAAGCAAGAAGAAGAAGAGGAAGAUAUUCUCUUAUAUCCUUUGAUCCCUAUAGAUAAAACUAUUGACAAACUAGAAAAUAAGCCUGAUUUAAGCGAAAUUCGAUUAGUAGAUAUCAAUUUAUCACUUUCACUCCCAUUUCAAUAUGAAAUGUUACAAAGUUGUCUUAACACAGACGAUCCUCUAAUGAUUUUGGGAAAGGGAUUAGGUUUAUCUAGUGUUGUGGCAAACCUAUUAUACAUAUUAGCCACACCAAUAAAAAUUGAAAAUAAAUUGAAAAAUUCCCUUAUUAUAGUUAUGAACGCAACAACAAACGAUAAUCAGCGAUUGUCUGAUGAAUUACAAGAAUUAUCAUGGUUAGAUAUAAACAGUUCACCAGGAAAUGACAUAGAGGAUAAGGAAUAUGACAAUACUACACUAAAUGAAAGAAAGUAUUAUGUCGUCACUGCAGAUGCCGUAAGUGUUGACAAGAGAAGACAAUUAUAUCUCCAAGGUGGUAUAAUAAACGUUACAUCACGCAUAUUGAUUGUAGAUUUACUGUCAGGUAUACUGCAUCCAAAUAAAAUUACAGGAAUGGUUAUCUUAAAUGUGGAUACUCUUCGUGAUUAUUCUAAUGAGUCAUUUAUCAUUGAAAUAUAUAGAACACAAAAUAGAUGGGGAUUUAUUAAAGGGUUUUCAGAAUGUCCAGAAGCAUUUAUCACGGAGUUUUCCCCGUUAUUAAGACGUAUGAAUGAGUUAAAGUUUAAAAGAGUAUUAUUAUGGCCGAGAUUUCGUCUUGAAAUUUCUUCAGUUUUAAAUAAAAAUUCUUCUUCUACUAAUAAUAAUGUUAUAGAGGUUAAAGUCAACAUGACACAAUCAAUGUCACAGACCCAAUUUGGUAUAAUGGGAUGUUUAAAAAAAUGUAUUGAUGAAUUAAACAGGAAAAAUCCAGAAUUGUCGAUAGAAUGGUGGAAUAUUGAUAAUGUAUUAGAUAUAAAUUUUUUAAAAUCAAUAGAUACGGUUAUGAUACCUAACUGGCAUAGAAUUUCUUAUGAGUCUAAACAAUUAGUGAAAGAUAUCAGAUUUUUAAAACAUUUAUUAAAAUUAUUGAUAUCGAAUGAUUGUGUUGAUUUCUAUGAAGAAAUUCAAUUAAAUUUGGAUGCAAAUAAACCUUCGGUUACAAGAAAGUAUUCGGAGUCUCCAUGGUUAAUGGCUGAAGAGUCUCAAUUAAUUAUAUCUUAUGCAAGAAAGAGAAUAUUUUUUAAUGAUGAAUACUGUUUGGAAGAAGCACCUAAAUGGGAGCAAUUAUUAAGCAUAAUAGAUGAUAUAUCUCAUGAAAAACUGUUACAUUCUAAUUCGGGACCUACCUUAAUUGUAUGUCAUGACAAAUCUACUGUAAAACAAUUAUCUAAGAUUCUUAAAGUAUCUAAAUCAACAAAUGGAUUCAGGCACUAUUUGAUGAAGAAAUUGGAAAUCUAUAAACAGUUAAGAGAAGAACGUAAAAAAUUAGUUAAUGAAGUUAAAAAAAAGGAAAUUGAAACCUCUGAUCAGGAAUUGAAUGUAAGUGUAACUUUUGCCAAGAAAGAAGUAAGUACAAAUAGAAGAAGAACCAGAGGUGCAUCAGCCGUAGCAGCUGUGGAGCGACUAAGAAACUCAGGAAUUAAUAGUGAAAUCGAACAUAUAAUACAGAAGGCAGAUUUCACUCAAGAAUUAGCAGAUCAUAAUCUUACAGAUGAGGAGGGAGAUGAAGAUAUCAUUUAUUUAUCAGACCAUGAAGAAGAUGAACAAAAUGAAAAUUUAUCUAGAAUAGAUGAAAUAGAACAACAAUUAGAUCAUGUGCUUGAUGAAGAAGUUUAUGAACAAUUAAAAGAAGAGGGUUGGAAAAAGAGACAAGAACAGUUUGGAUUUAUAGACAGUAGUGAUCAAAUAAUCAUUGAAAGAUUUUGCAAUAUUACUGACGAAUAUUUUUUACAGGAACUUCGAUGUUCUCAUAUCAUAUUAUAUGAGCCAGACUUAGCAUUUAUUAGAAGAGUAGAAAUAUAUAGAGCCACAUAUGAUGGCAUUCUACCAAAAGUAUUUUUCAUGUAUUAUGGUGAGAGUGUAGAAGAACAAAGCCAUCUAACUGCAAUAAAAAGAGAGAAGGAUGCAUUCACAAAAUUAAUAAAAGAAAACGCUAACUUAGCUCAUCAUUACGAGACAACUGAAGAUUUAUUCCAUUUUAAAAAUUUAGCAGAAAGAAAAAUAAAACUAGCCAGAUUAAACAAAAGAAAUACAAGAAAUGCAGGUGGCCAAAAAGGAUUUCAAACAUAUACCCAAGACGUUGUGAUUGUUGAUACUCGCGAGUUUAAUGCAUCAUUACCUGGCUUACUCUUUCGUUAUGGUAUUAGGGUUGUGCCUUGUAUGCUAUCAGUUGGUGAUUAUGUAAUUACUCCAGAUAUUUGUAUCGAAAGAAAAUCUGUUUCCGAUUUAAUAGGCUCUUUACAAAAUAAUAGAUUGGUAACACAAUGUAGGAAAAUGAUCCAAUUUUAUAAGUACCCAACUUUAUUAAUUGAGUUUGAUCAAGGUCAAUCAUUUUCUUUAGAACCAUUUAGUGAAAGACGUACUUAUAAACGACAAACCAACUCCAGUACACACCCCAUAUCUAGUAAGUUAUCUCAGUAUGAAAUACAAUUACAACUCACUAAAAUAGUGACACGUUUUCCAACAUUAAAAAUAAUUUGGUCAUCUUCUCCACUUCAAAGUGUUAAUAUUAUACUGGAGUUAAAGAUGGGGAGAGAGCAGCCAGAACCAAUAGUAGCUAUCUCCUAUGGUACAAACUUAAGAAAAAACGCUGCUAAUAAAGCAAAUAAAUCAAAUACAAAAACUGAAUUAUUCAUAGAUUUAUUAAAAAUUCCAGGGUUAUCUAAGAUAGAUUAUUUCAAUAUUCGUAAAAGCGUAAAAACUUAUAGUAAAUUGCAACAUAUGACUGUACAACAAAUUACAGAUAUUAUUGGAGACAUAAACCUCGCUAAUAAGGUUUUUGAAUAUGUUGCUAAACAAAAAGAAGAAAUCGAAGAAGAUGAUUAG